CUCCGAAAUUGAGCUCAAAAUACGGACUCGAGCUUGAUGGCGGCGUCGAGUUGUACAGAUCAACGUGUCGGACUCGAAUUCCACCAUGGGUGAACUCGUAUAAGGUGGCGGCAUCGCAUUUCAGAGGCGAAGAAAGCAGUCGACUUCCGAUCGGAGUACUAGAUUCUGUGUGGGGACACACUGCCUCCUUUCAUCUUCCACUUUAAUGGCGAUGUCGAAGAACCCCAAGAACAAGCAGCGGAAGCCGAGAUCUCCUCUGCUCCUUCUGUCAGUGGCGACGGUUGCCAUUGGUCUUGUUUGGGUUUUCUUCUCCUCCUCGAUAUCCGUCAUUCGCUUCUCGAUUUAUUCGGCGAGCGCAGGCGAGAUGGAGGGAUCAAGCGGACUUGAAAGCAAGUACUUGUACUGGGGAAACAGGAUAGACUGCCCUGGCAAGCAUUGCGAUUCUUGCGAGGGGCUCGGGCACCAGGAGUCCAGCCUCAGAUGCGCGCUAGAGGAAGCCCUAUUUCUCAAGAGGGUAUUCGUGAUGCCUUCUAGAAUGUGCAUUAACCCAUUGCAUAAUAAGAAAGGGAUCCUCCAUCAUUUGACCAAUGUAUCAUCACAGGAAAGAUGGGCAGCAAGUUCUUGUACGAUGGACUCUUUGUAUGAUCUGAAUCUCAUUUCCAAAACUAUACCAGUAAUACUUGACAAUUCCAAGAUGUGGUAUCGUGUAGUAUCAACAAGUAUGAAGUUGGGAAACAGAGGUGUGGCCCAAGUGGAGGGAACUAGUAGGACUGAUCUCAGAGACAGUAACCUUUACUCGAACGUUUUACUAAUAAACCGCACUGCAAAUCCGCUUUCAUGGUUUAUGGAGUGCAAGGACCGAACAAAUCAUAGUUCAGUCAUGUUACCAUAUUCAUUUCUUCCUACAAGCGCGGCACCAAAGUUAAGAGACGCAGCAAGAAAGAUUAAGGAUCUGCUAGGUGAUUAUGAUUCUAUUCAUGUGAGGCGAGGUGACAAGAUGAAGACUAGGAAAGACCGAUUUGGAGUUUAUCGAACCCUACAUCCCCAUCUUGAUAGGGAUACUCGUCCUGAAUUUAUUCAACUCAGAAUAGCAAAAUGGAUCCCACCAGGUCGCACCAUAUUCAUAGCUUCAAAUGAAAGGACACCUGGAUUCUUUUCACCUCUCUCUUCCAGGUACAAGGUAGUGAGCUCAUCAGACUAUAGCAGCAUUUUGGAUCCAGUAAUCGAGAACAAUUACCAGCUCUUCAUGGUAGAGAGGUUGAUCUUGGGUGGUGCUAGAACCUUCAUCAAGACAUUUAAAGAGUUUGAAGGCGAUCUCAGCCUUACAGAUGAUCCAAAAAAGAACACAAAGAAUUGGCAGAUUCCUGUCUAUACUAUGGAAGGAGUAUGACUUCAAAUAUCUAUCCUAUUUUCUACCAGCUAAGAGCAUCAGGUCCCUUAUUUUCUCCAGAUUUGCAGUUCUGAUUCAGAGAAGGGUAGAGGAUACUAUGUGAACAAAUUUUGGGUGAGAAUAUCCCAUCAAAAUCUGAUUAGAAUGAGUAUAAAUUUUUAGCUUUAUUUUAAGAUGAGUGCAAUGUAAGAAUUUAUUAAUUAUUCAUAUAUUGCAUUAAUCUUAUAAUAAAUUUAUAAAUUUUAAUAUUCAUUCUAAUUAAAAUUUGAUGGUAUCCUGUAAUAAUUUUUCUGAAGCAUAUAUUUGUUUGUUUUGUCACAUUUAUUUGAUCAAGAUUGUAUUUAUGUUGUGCAUUGUAGGGGUGAAUAGUUGGGUGAACUUUUGUGGGCACUUUAGGAAGUUUGUUAAAUGUAAUUAAUAGACAUUCAUAAUAUUUUAUGAUUUUUUA